AUGCAACUGGAAUAUUCACAACAAGAAGUUCAACAGCAAAAGUUAAGAGGAAAAUCCAUUCAAGAGCAAAAUCAAAGACUAGAAACUAUGAAAGUUCAGUUACAGAAACCAACUGAUGACAUGAUCAAUGAGAUAUUGUCUUUAAUGGAGAAGUUAAAUCAAAAAAACCUUGAACUGAAGCAAAAACAGGAUGAUAUCGACAAUUUAAAGAAAAUCAUUGGUCUAAAAAUCAUCAAGAGCACAAAAAGUAAUAAAAUGGCAAUAGGUUCUAAUUAA